AUGGGCAGCGCGCGCUACGCGCUCGGGCCCGCGAUGGUGGCGUUGGCGAUCGGCAGCGAGUACUGGAACCAGUACGCGAUCGAGUCACUGGUCGAGGUCUGCCCGAUGGAGGUCUACCUGACGCGUCGCGACGGCACCGUGGCGACCCACGGCGUCGACCUGACGAACGCGACGGGCGUCGACGCGCUCGUCGCCGACUUCGAGGAGAGAUAUCUCGCGGAGGAGCCGCGGCUCGCGGCCGAGCUCCUCGAGGGGAUGCGGACCUCCUUCUUCGACUGCGCGUGGGCCCAGUGGACGGGCGGCCGCGUCGACGCGCCCGCGGCGCGCGGCUCCGUCGGGCCGUUCGCGGACGGGUGCGUGCCCUUCCUGACCGCGUUCGCAGAAAACCCGGGCGAGCGGACGGGGGCCUACCGGCCGCUGUUCUCGCCGCACGCGCAGUGCGCGUUUCCGCGCCAGCUGUUCUUCCACUACAACGCCGGCGACACUUUCUGGUUCGAGGAGGACGCCGGGCCGUGGAACAUGUGCAACUCCGUGAGCUGGUGGCUCGCGCGUUUCCUGGGCGACUGGGCGCGGCACGGCGGGCCGCCGGGUUUGGUGCUCGACGUCGGCGCGAACGUCGGCCAGGAGGCCGUCCUCGCCGCGUCGUUCGGCCACUCCGUCGUCGCGUACGAGCCCUUCCCGGACACGCUCGCGACGGCCGCGUUCAACGCGGCCGCGAACUGCGUCACCGGCGUGACGCUGCGGCCCUUCGCGACGAGCGACGGCGCCGGCGCGCGGUGCGCGGCGGCCGCGGACCUCCGCUCGACGGCCUCGCACGCGGGCGACGGCGUCUUCCGCGACAGGGUCGUCGCGUCCCAGCGCGUCCUCGCCGGCGACGCUUCGGACGGCGUGUGCCUGAACGUGACGACGCUCGACGCCGAGCGGGCCGCGGGCUUCGUGCCGCGCGAGCGCGCGAUCCUGCUCAAGAUCGACAACGAGGGCUCCGAGCCCGCGACGCUCCGCGGCGCGCGAAAACUCCUCGAGGAGGCGCCGCCGCUGGUCGUGAUCCUGGAGUGGCUCCCCUUCCACUACGACGACGGCGCCGCCGCGGACCUCGCCGCGGACCUCGGCGCGCUCGGGUACACGUUGUACCCGCUCGCGCCGCACGACCGGAGCCUGCGGCCGCCGCCCUACGGCUACCGCGCGCACGACGUCCUGGGGGAGGGCCUGCCCCUCCGGCGCGCGGGCGGGUCGCCGCUCGCGCCCAUGGACGACCGGCUCUGGGCGACAAUGCUCGACGUCCUCUGCGUCCACCGCGACCUCGCGGCCCCCGGCGCCGGCGCGGCGCUCGCGCGCGACUGGGGCCGCGCUAAGGGCCGCUAG